AGAGAAUUGGUAGAACUUCAUCUGAAACUGAUGAGAAAGAUCGGGAAGUCCGUCACAGCCGACCGAUGGGAAAAAUACUUGAUCAAGAUGUGUCAGGAAUUCAACAGCACCUGGGCGUGGGAGAUAGAGAAGAAGGGAUACCUUGACAUGAGCAUCGAAUGCAAGCUGGGGAUUUUAAAGUACCUUUGUGAGUGUCAGUUCGACGACAAUCUAAAGUUCAAGAACAUCAUCAACGAGGAAGAUGCGGACGCCAUGCGCCUCCAGCCGAUCGGCAGAGACAAGGACGGCUUGACGUACUGGUACCAGUUGGACCAAGAGCAUAACGUCAGGGUGUAUGUGGAAGAACAGGACGAUCAAGACGGGUCUUCGUGGAAGUGCAUUGUGAGAAGCCGGAACGAUCUGGCCGAAACGCUUGAACUACUGAAAGCACAAAUCGAUCCGGCGCUACUGAAGAAGCAGCAGCAGGACAGCUCCUCGCGAGAGAGCCCGAACAUCGAAGACGAAGAGGCCAAAAAGGAGGAAGAAACGUCAGGUCAAGCAGAGAGCAACGCAAUAAAAGAAAAGGAAGAGAUAAAAGAAGAGCUGCCAAAGGAAUCGGAGCCUCCCGCGGCUUCCGAAGGGGAGAACACGAUAAAAUUAGAGAAGGCGGAGGAGAGAGAAAUCAUAAAGCUGCCAGUUAUAGUGAAGCUUGAGAAAUCCUGCGAGAACAACGGGGGAGCGCAGAUCACCAAAGACGAGAGCGACUCUUUUAAAGAGAACGUGAAGCCCAUCAAGGCGGAGGUAAAGGAAAACAAGCUUGAGCCAAAAGACUCGAAAGACGUGAAUAGCAACUCGGAGAAGCCCGCUCACGAGCCGGAGAGGCUCGGGUUCUGCGUCGGCGUCAAAGCCCCCCAGGACGCCGCGGACAGGACCGCGGAAGAAAGCGAGAAGCUGAAGAACGACCAGCAGGCCAAGAUCCCGCUGAAAAAACGGGAGAUCAAGCUGACCGACGACUACGACAGUCCGCUGAAAGGGCCUUUGCGGAAAUGCAUCACCCCGACCAAGGACGUUUUGAAGGAGGAAGGGAAGCCGGAGGAGGAGACUUUUAAGAGGGUUCCCACGAUCACGGACGGGAAGUUCCUCGUGAACGGGGAGGUCAGCUGUGAGAAAAUCUUGCCAAAUAACAAGCUGGACCGUUCCCCUGACACUAAGGAGGACCCCCCAUGUUUGCCAAAGGAGAAAAACAGCGUAAGUGGGGAGAAAGUCCUAGAAACUGCUAGCACGAAAGUAAGAACGGGCGACGGGGCGAGAAGCGUUUUGCAUACGGGCAAGGAGACUGACAAGCGGAUACCCGACGUUUCCCAAAAAGUGCCUUCGAAGGAGGAAACCAGUCCUCCGGCGAAGGAAGGUUUGCUCGACACCAAGACGUCAGGGGUGAUCGCAGAAGCACCUUCGAGCGCUGACGGAUCUCUCAAGAAAAGUAAAGAACCCGUUAAAGCAGAGGAACUCCUUGAAAAAUCCACGAAAUCAUCUUCCCCAAAGGUUGGCCUGACGGAUGAGGAUUUAAAAAGCAAAGAUCCGCCCAAGGAGAAGCCGGAUUUAACAAAGGCAGAUGCGACUCCGCCGCCCGCUCCAGCUGUCUCCUCGGAGAAAGCUGCUGCUGAAAAAGAGGACUGUGAUUCUCAAAGUGCGCUCCCUGAUACAAAAACGGUACAUAAAGAGCCGGACUGUAAACCCCAGAAGGCGUCCGAGGCGCCCAAAUCAGACAGCUCCCAAAGCUCGGCCGAAGUACAUUCGGAGAGUAAAAAGGAACCCGUGAAAAGCAAAUGUAAAUAUAAGCUACUCUCAGAAGAAGGAAGCCGUCUGACCGAAAACAGGGAAAUCACCUCCGAGAGGCAGAAAGACGGGAUCAAGCUCACCAUCCGGAUUUCCAGCAAGAAGAAAACCGAUCCUCCUCUGUCCAAGACCCAGGAGGCCGAAAAGGAGGAGGUGGUCAGCAUCGGCCGCAUCUUAAGGAGAUCUCCCCGGAUAUCGAAGCCCACUCCCAAGAUCGUGCAGACCCGAGAACAGAAGCCUGAGAAGAAGCCGGUCGAGGAAGAGGAGGAGAAGCCGGCCCCGGUCCAGAAACAGGACAAGAAAGAGGGCUCAAAAAAGCCGGAGAAGGAGGUGAAUUCCAAGGCCGGCAAGGCUGCGCAGCGAAGCAAAGUCCGGUGGGCUGGCACUAGAACCCGGGGCAGGUGGAGAUACUCGAGCGGCGAUGAGAGUGAGGAGUCGGAGAAUGAGGAAGACUCCGAGGAGGAGGAGAGGGAGGGGGAGGAGGAAGAGCCAGCGCCAGCCGAGGAUGAUGAGCCGUGUAAGAAGUGUGGCCUCCCCAACCAUCCGGAGCUGAUUCUCUUGUGCGACUCUUGCGACAGCGGCUACCACACGGCGUGUCUGCGGCCUCCUCUGAUGAUAAUCCCCGACGGAGAAUGGUUCUGCCCUCCUUGCCAACACAAAUUACUCUGCGAGAAGUUAGAAGAACAGCUGCAGGAUCUCGACGUCGUCUUGAAAAAGAAAGAACGAGCUGAGCGAAGGAAAGAACGCCUUGUGUACGUGGGGAUUAGUAUAGAAAACAUCAUUCCACCGCAAGAGCCAGAAAUACCCGAAAGUGUGGAAGAAAAGAAGAAAGAUCCCAAAAAAUCCAAGGUGAAGUUGCACGAAAGGAGGUCGACGCGGCAAAGGAAGUGCAUAAGCUAUAGGUAAGUGAACUCUGUGUGCGUGCGUGCGUGC